GUGUAAAAGAAGCCUAAAUCUCCUAGUGUGGCAUGUCAACGCUAUCAGACUUACAACGUGUGGCGCUUUUGUGAUCUACAUAUCAUAAUACAUACGGGAUAUUGAUAUUAUUUGAAGAUCAGCGUUAUUCAGAGGCUACCCCCCCCUUUGUGUUUAGCUCGAUGGUUGGCGCCGAUGUCGCUAUGGCAGCUCACGCGAGCGAACUGGAGUUGGCCAAGAAGAACUUAACGGACGCUAUCGGGGACAACAUCAAACAUUACUGGGCGAAUUUAAAGCUGUGGUUUAAACAGAAAAUCAGUAAAGAGGAGUUUGAUGUUGAGGCUCGCCGACUUCUGGGACACGAUAAUGUUCAUGUCCACAAUGACUUCCUGCUGGCCAUUCUCACACGCUGCCAGAUUAUUGUGUCCACACCAGCUGAUGUCCCCGGCUCGCUGCAGUGGUCCAGUGGUUCUGCCUCAAAGCCGGCCAAGCCAAAAGGAAAAAAGAAAUUUUCCUCGGUGCGGCAGAAAUUCGACCAUCGCUUCCAGCCUCAGAACCCGCUGAGUGGAGCUCAGACCUUCAGCCCCCGCGAGGCUGGAGCAGAGGAGGAAGAGAUGAUGAAGCUCAGCGCUCACACACUCUUACUGCCCACACGAGGGCAGCUGGAGGCCCGAAUGAUGGUCACCGCCUUCGAGAUGGGCCUUGAUAACGUCACAGAGGAUGCCGUGAGCACUGUAGUGUGUGCUCUUGAGGUGCAUUUAAAAGACCUCAUCACUGCAGUGGUGUCGCGGAGAAAAGCCUACCGUCUGAGAGAGGGACACUUCCAGUACGCCUUCGGCAGCGACGUCGCACCGCAGCCCUACCUCAAGAACAGCCAGGCUGCAUAUCACACGGUCACAGAGUACCCACCUCCCAGUGCCUCGCUGCCGGCUGCUCCGCUCCCUCAGGUGUCUCCGGAUGAUGCCGAACAGCAGGCUGCUUUCCUACUGGCCUGCUCCGGCUCCAGUGCCCCCGCCCCUCUACCUCCCAUCAACACGUAUGAUCUCCUGGAGGCUCUACAGGUGCACCGCAGCGUGAUGCCGUCUCACACCGUGUACGCUCUGAACAUGGAGCGCAUCCUCGCCCGGCUCUGGCACCCGAGUCACGAGGAACUAGAGCAGGACAACAUCCAUAGACAGCGGCUGGCCGCCAAAGAGGGCCUGUCACUCUGCUGAAGCUCCGCCCAUGUCCUUUGGUUACCCCUACAACACAGCUUCCUGCUUCUGCACAAGGAGAACACCUAGACCAUAUAUAUAUAUAUAUAUAUAUAUAUAUAUAUAUAUAUAUAUAUAUAUAUAUAUAUAUAUAUAUAUAUAUAUAAAUAUAAACAUUAUAAUGGACAGUGUGGACUUCCAGAUGUUUUGUUAAACUAUUACACUUUAUUCAAAUGGUUUGUAUUUAUUUUAACGGUUUGCAGUGUAAUGAAAUACAUCCACUUCAACAAACCAGUACAUUUAUUUUCAUUAAACACAGCUUCAGUGCUCAGAAUUGUCCCUCACAGGCCAGUUAUGGUUUUACAUAGCUAGUGUCCGUGCUGGACAAUUUAUAUAACAUCCCUCUGUUUUUUUUUGUUUUUUUUUUGGUCCUUGUAAAUAUUUGCUUAUGAAGUCACGUUCCUACACGUUUACUUUAUAAAUGGAAAGUUUGCAAAUACAGGAAAUAAAUCUCGUCUCACGUUCA